UAGCUUGUAGAAACUCCUGCGUUGGAGCGGGGUUGGAGUUGUUCGUGGUUUUGCAGCAAUGGGUUCUUAUGGCUCAUUUGCAGGACGAUCCGGAGCUGGAGGCGAUCAAGAGGAAGAGGAUGCAAGAGUUAAUGGCUCAGAGAGGGGGAGGCCAACAAUCCGCGGAGCAGCAGGAAGCUCAAGAGGAGCAAAAGAGAGAAGCAGCCGAGCGGAGACAAAUGAUGCUAGCUCGAGUGCUUCUCCCAGAGGCUCGCGAACGACUUUCGCGAAUUGCACUCGUCAAGCCGGAGAAGGCAAAAGGCGUGGAGGACUUGAUUCUUCACAGCGCUCAGCGAGGCCAGAUCACCGAGAAGGUUUCCGAGGAGAGACUCAUCCAGCUGCUGGAGCAAAUCAACGAGCAAACUAAGAAAACAACCAAAGUCACUAUACAACGACGCAGGAACGUGUUGGAUGACGACUGAGAAUUAAAACUAUCAUCUAGGUAGGACUGUGAAAAACCAACGAGGAUAA